UUAGCUGUUGACAUUGUUAGUGCUGAUAUAGGUAGCCAGCCAGCUCUUUCUUCUUCCACUAAUCAAUCCUCAACUCAUUUGAACAAACGCUGGAAUUACUUUGAUGUUCAAUGGACAAGUUAUACUUAUGAUAACGUCAAUAGAGAUCUUGCCAAAAAAGUUGCGAGCGAUAGAAAUUUUGAAGAGCUUGAUUAUGAUUCAGAGGUUUAUAACUUCUUUGACAACAACCCUGGUUGGAAAUAUUGCAUCACACCAACCGUCAACCCACAUCCUGGACAAGAUGAAGGGUACGACCAAAUUGGUGAUGAUAAUGCGUUCCAUGGAGAGCUGUAUUUCAAUACUUAUGGUGGUAUUGAUGGCUUCUGCAAUGACAACAAAGAUGGUGCUCAGUGUAGUACUGACGGC